UUCUUCGCGACGUGUCUUACGCAGGAUACCACGCAAACCGUGUUUGAUUUUGAUCUAGGAGUCCCCGUCAACAGCCCGUUGACCCCGAUUAACUCCAGUUGGAUGAUGCAGCUAAUCGACAUAUGGUUCUCAAUUCACCCUUUCUUCGUUCUCAUCUCCAAAACCCUCUUGUUGCAUUGGAUCUAUGAUCAUGUCUCGCUCCCUAUCCUCCUCUCAGACUCGAUAGCCACGUUGGACACCCAUGCCCGAAUCCAAUCGCCCAUCACUGCUGGUGGAAAGCGCGGCACUGGCCGAGUGGUCCUCAACGUCUCGGAUAUUAGCACUGCCCAGACUCUAUUGCGGCUGAGCUGGCAUCAUUUGCGCCGCUAUCAAGCUCGCCUGGCAACGGGCUAUAUCCAACUGGCGGCCCGAAUCAUUAACGAUUUGCGCAGCCGUCUUGCCACCGCACCCAACAGGGGAAAUCACACACCACUGAAAGUAUUUAUGGAACAUGACUGUACAUAUAUGCAGGCAUGUAACAAGAGCAUUGGGGUAGUAUAG